GCAGGGCCGCCCGCGGAAGGCGGAAGUGUGUGCGCAGAGGCGGUGGAGCGGCGCUGAGUUGUCGCUGGCUGGCACCUCUCGGCUCUUCCGGGUCUGGGCUGGAACACGCCGAGGCGGCCCGCGGGAGCGGGCGAGGCUCGAUGGCCGCCCGCCGGCCUGCAGGCUGACCUCGCGCCGCCGCCUGUGGUCGAGGCGCCGUCGCCCGGCGGCCUCCCUGGCUGAGCGACCCCCGGCCCCCAGCCGCACCAUGACCGCCGCCGCCGCCUCCAACUGGGGGCUGAUCACGAACGUAGUGAACAGCAUCGUGGGGGUCAGCGUGCUCACCAUGCCCUUCUGCUUCAAGCAGUGUGGCAUCGUCCUGGGGGCCCUGCUGCUGGCCUUCUGCUCCUGGAUGACGCAUCAGUCCUGCAUGUUCCUGGUGAAGGCGGCCAGCCUGAGCAAGCGGAGGACCUACGCUGGCCUGGCGCUGCACGCUCACGGGAAGGCGGGGAAGAUGCUGGUGGAGACCAGUAUGAUCGGGCUGAUGCUGGGGACCUGCACCGCCUUCUACGUCGUGAUCGGAGACCUGGGCUGCAGCUUCUUCGCGCGGCUGUCUGGGUUCCAGGUGACGGGCACCUUCCGCGUGUUCCUGCUCUUCGCGGUGUCGCUGUGCAUCGUGCUGCCCCUCAGCCUGCAGCGGAACAUGAUGGCCUCCAUCCAGUCCUUCAGCGCCAUGGCGCUCGCCUUCUACGCCGUCUUCAUGUUCGUGAUGGUGUUGUCCUCGCUCAAGCACGGCCUCUUUGGCGGGCAGUGGUUGCAGCGGGUCAGCUACGUGCGCUGGGAGGGCGUGUUCCGCUGCAUCCCCAUCUUCGGAAUGUCCUUCGCCUGCCAGUCCCAGGUCCUGCCCACCUAUGACAGCCUGGACGAGCCGUCGGUGACAACCAUGAGCUCCAUAUUCGCCUCCUCGCUCAACGUGGUCACCACCUUCUACGUCCUGGUCGGGUUCUUCGGCUACGUCAGCUUCACGGAGGCCACGGCGGGCAACGUGCUGAUGCACUUCCCCUCGAACCUGGUGACGGAGAUGAUCCGCGCGGGCUUCGUGAUGUCGGUGGCCGUGGGCUUCCCCAUGAUGAUCCUGCCCUGCAGGCAGGCGCUCAACACACUGCUCUUCGAGCAGCAGCAGAAGGACGGCACCUUUGCGGCCGGCGGCUACAUGCCGCCGCUGCGGUUCAAGGCCCUGACCCUGUCGGUUGUGUUUGGGACCAUGAUCGGCGGCAUCAUGAUCCCCAACGUGGAGACGGUCCUGGGCCUCACGGGCGCCACCAUGGGGAGCCUCAUCUGCUUCAUCUGCCCGGCGCUGAUCUACAGGAAGAUCCACAAGAACGCCUUCUCCCCGCAGGUGGUGCUGUGGGUCGGCCUGGGCGUCCUGGUGGUCAGCACACUCACCACUCUGACCGUGAGCGAGGAGACCCCCGUGGGCUUGGCAGAGGGAGCCGCGGGCGGCCCGCCGGGCGAGGCCGAGGACACGAGGAAGGCGGAGGAGGCCCGGCUCUCAGUGCAGGAUCCCGUCGUGGCCGUGGCCGCAGCCCAGGAUGGCCGGGAGAAGCCAAAGCUGCCGGAGCAGGGAGAGGAGGCAGAGCGGGCCCAGAUCAAGGGCCCCGUGGAUGUGCCUGGCAGGGCAGAUGCCAGAGAGAGGCAGGAGGCCGCCCAGCUGGACCGCCCGGGGCAGGGAGUGGCCGUCCCUCUGGGCGAGGCCCACCGCCACGAGCCACCCGUUCCGCAUGACAAGGUGGUGGUGGACACGGGUCAAGACCAGGAUGGACCGGAGGAGAGCAAGGCCGCGGCCCAGCUCACGGGGGAGAAGGCCGCAGGGGGGCGGGCACAGGCCGCGCCGCCCCCCGAGGAGGAGGUGGCCGCUGGGAGGCCUGGGCAGGACCAGGCUGUGGAGGAAGCCGAGCGUCAUUUUGAAGGCCCCCAGAAGGUUCCAGAAGCACAUGGCCAGCCCGCCGCCCAGCCCGUGAAGAAGGACCUGGGGCCCCAGGCGCUGGGCUCGGAGGAGCAGGCCUUGGAGGCCGGUGCCGGGGGGAACGCCGACGAGGAGCCGCUGCCGGCCGACGUGGGUGCUGCUGGGAACCCGGGAGAGCCUGCGCACGGGGACCCUGGUGCCCCGGCCCAGCACCUGGUGGGGCAGGCGGCUGGAGAGCAGGCGGCCUUGGACGUGGGGCAGGCGGCCGGAGAGCAGGCGGCCGGAGAGCAAGCGGCCAUGGACGUGGGGCCAGCGGCUGGAGAGCAGGCGGCCAUGGACGUGGGGCCAGCGGCUGGAGAGCAGGCGGGCAGCAAGCUGGAGGCUGAGAUUAAAAAGAUAGUAGCAGAGGCGGGCCGGGCGGAGCUGCUGGAGCACGCGGUGCUGCUGCAGGUGAUCCAGGAGCAGCAGGUGCAGCAGAAGCGGCUGCUGGACCAGCAGGAGAAGCUGCUGGCCGUGAUCGAGGGCAUCCACCAGCAGCGGCAGGGGGACGUGCAGCCCGAGCCCGGGGCGGCCCCUGAGGGACAGGCCGAGGAGACGGCAGAGCGCCCCCCGCCGCAGCCCCUGGGAGCCGCCGGGCAGCCGCCUGCUCCGCCCCAAGCGCUGGGCCUUCGCCCCCCAGGGGAGCCCCAGGAGAGCGUGGGCGGAGCCCCUGCGGGCCCCCCCGGCCGGGCCGACGCAGAGCCCCAGGCCGCCCCGGCCAGGCCACCGGAGCUCGGGAAGGACGCGGCGCCCGAGGUGGCCGGCGCACCGCAGGAGCCGCUGGGCCUGGGCAGGGAGCGGCCCGCCGAGGAGCUGCCGGGGCAGAGCCGGGACGCCCUGGGCGCUGGCUCCCGGGAGAGGAAGGGCCUCGAGGAGGGGGCCCCGGCUUUGCGGGCCGCCGCGGGGGAGGCUGACAGGGACCCCGUCAGGAAGCCGGGCCAGACAAGCCCAGGCCUCGGGCCUGCUGUGGGCCAGUCCAGCAGGUUAGCAGGGGCGGCCCCUCAGCCCCAGGGCCAGCAGGGUCACCCAGAAGUGGGAAGGGAGGCGCCCGGCGGGGGUCACGCCCCCGCCCCCCAGGAGCAGCCUAGAGCCAAGGAGGCCACUGCCGCCCAGGAGCCGAAGCCCAGGCCAGACCCGGGGCCGGGGCCCGAGCACGCAGCCCGCGACGGUGAGCGGCCAGGCGACGCCAGAGCCAACCGGGACCUGAAGCUGCAGGCCGGCUCGGACCUGCGCAGGAGAAGGCGGGACGUGGGCCCCGGGCCCGGGGGGGAGCCGGCCCCCGAGGACAGGGCCGGGGUCCUCAUCAGCUUCCACCCCCUGCCUGAGGUCCCCGUGAAUGACCUCCGCGGCGCCCUGGACUCCCGCCUCCGCCAGGCCGCGGGCGCGGUGCAGCUGGUCCGCAGCCGGCAGCUCCGACAGUGGCCCGGGGCUCCGCAGGAGGCCUGAGCCCCGCGCGCUUCCCGCUUCCCGGCCCGGCCGAGCCAGGCUGGGCCUGUCGCCUGUAGGGCCGGGCGCUGUGGCCGCCUCCGGGUCUGGAUUUCCGAUGUUUUUCCAGUGUUUUCUGUGGGCCUUGCAGUCUCAAUAAACACUUGCGCCCGUC